AAAACCGAAGUGUCAGUGACAGUCAGUGGGCGGAUAUGUCUACCGUGGAAUUCCAUCCGAUACAGAAACAACCCAUUCUAUAACUGCUAUCAUAACUACUGCAGGAAUCCAGAUAAUCAGAUACAGCCAUGGUGCAUUGUAAGGGGAAAAAAUCGUUAUGUACGGGAAUACUGUGACAUUACCAACAGGAAAAUGAAACCAAGCACACUGAGUCUACCAAAAUCUGACCCAUCAAAGCAGGACACAGAAUCAUCAUGUGGGGAGCGACAUUUGAACCUCAUUACAAAGAUAAUAGGAGGAAAAAAGGUCAAAGGUUGAGUCACAGCCUUGGAUUGCAG